CCCAGCCCGCCCAGCUCCCCGGCGGAGAGCAAGGUUUCCUCCUGUUUCAUAAUCAGCCAGAACAAUGUUCUACGCACAUUUUGUCCUCAGUAAGAGAGGGCCUCUGGCCAAAAUUUGGCUAGCGGCCCAUUGGGAUAAGAAGCUAACCAAAGCCCAUGUGUUUGAGUGUAAUUUAGAGAGCAGUGUGGAGAGUAUCAUCUCACCAAAGGUGAAGAUGGCACUCCGAACAUCAGGACAUCUCUUACUGGGAGUAGUUCGAAUCUAUCACAGAAAAGCCAAAUACCUCCUUGCAGACUGUAAUGAAGCGUUUAUUAAAAUAAAAAUGGCUUUUCGGCCAGGUGUUGUUGACCUCCCUGAGGAAAAUCAAGAAGCUGCUUACAAUGCUAUUACCUUACCUGAAGAAUUUCAUGACUUUGAUCAGCCACUGCCUGACUUAGAUGACAUCAAUGUGGCCCAGCAGUUCAGCCUGAACCAGAGUAGAGUGGAAGAAAUAACCACGAGAGAAGAAGUUGGGAACAUCAGUAUUCUACAAGAAAAUGAUUUUGGUGACUUUGGAAUGGAUGAUCGUGAGAUCAUGAGAGAAGGAAGUGCUUUUGAGGAUGAUGACAUGUUAGUGAGCACUAGCGCUUCUAACCUCCUGUUAGAGCCUGAACAGAGCACCAGCAAUCUGAACGAGAAAAUUAAUCAUUUAGAAUAUGAAGACCAAUAUAAAGAUGACAAUUUUGGAGAAGGAAAUGAUGGUGGCAUAUUAGAUGACAAACUUAUAAGUAAUAAUGAUGGCGGUAUCUUUGACAAUCCCCCCGCCCUGUCUGAGGCAGGUGUGAUGUUGCCAGAACAGCCGGAGCAUGAUGAUAUGGACGAGGAUGAUAACGUAUCAAUGGGUGGGCCUGAUAGUCCUGAUUCAGUGGAUCCUGUUGAACCAAUGCCAACUAUGACUGAUCAGACAACACUUGUUCCAAAUGAGGAAGAAGCCUUUGCUCUGGAACCUAUUGAUAUCACUGUCAAAUAAACAAAAGCCAAGAGGAAGAGGAAGCUGAUUGUUGACAGUGUCAAAGAGUUGGAUAGUAAGACAAUUAGAGCUCAACUUAGUGAUUAUUCUGAUAUUGUUACUACUUUGGAUCUGGCACCACCCACCAAGAAAUUGAUGAUGUGGAAAGAGACAGGAGGAGUGGAAAAACUCUUCUCCUUACCUGCUCAGCCUUUAUGGAACAGCAGACUACUGAAGCUCUUUACACGCUGUCUUACACCACUAGUACCAGAAGAUCUUAGAAAAAGGAGGAAAGGAGGAGAGGCUGAUAAUUUGGAUGAAUUUCUCAAAGAAUUUGAAAAUCCAGAGGUUCCCAGAGAGGACCAGCAGCAGCAGCACCAGCAGCGUGAUGUUAUCGAUGAGCCCAUUUUGGAAGAGCCAAGCCGCCUCCAGGAGUCCGUGAUGGAGACCAGCAGGACCAACAUGGAUGAGUCAGCCAUGCCUCCACCACCUCCUCAGGGAGUCAAGCGAAAAGCAGGACAAAUUGAUCCAGAGCCUGUGAUCCCUCCCCAGCAGGUAGAGCAGGUGGAAAUGCCCCCUGUAGAGCUGCCCCCUGAGGAGCCUCCGAACAUCUGUCAGUUAAUUCCGGAGUUAGAACUUCUGCCAGAGAAAGAGAAGGAGAAAGGGAAGGAGAAAGAAGAUGACGAAGAGGAGGAGGAUGAAGAUGCUUCCGGAGGUGAUCAGGAUCAAGAAGAAAGAAGAUGGAACAAAAGGACUCAGCAGAUGCUUCAUGGGCUUCAGCGAGCUCUUGCUAAAACUGAAGCUGAAUCCAUCAGUUUGCUUGAGUUAUGUCGAAACACAAACAGAAAGCAAGCUGCAGCGAAAUUCUACAGCUUCUUGGUUCUUAAAAAGCAGCAAGCUAUUGAGCUGACGCAGGAAGAACCAUACAGUGACAUCAUUGCAACGCCUGGACCAAGGUUCCACAUUAUAUGAGCAGCUAGAAGCAUUAUAGCUAGUGUGCAUUUCACUAGUGUAUAUGAAUCGCCCCCAUGUGUAGGGCACAUAAAACCCUUUGAGGAAAUUUAGAUUUUUGUCUGUACAAAGUCUCUGCCUUCUUCUUCAUUUUUUUCCAGUAUUUUAUCAAUUUCAUCUUUAAGGGAAACUGCUUAUAUGGAUGUGUUUGUGUUUGUGUUCUGAUGGAGGAAACAGGCACACCCAAGGACCCGGAAGAUCAUUUUAACAGUUGAGAACAGAUGUGUGCAAUAUUGGCGCAUGUAAAUGUCGAGUAGCAGUUGAAAAUCAGAAUUUUUAUCAUAGUUCUCCAUCACCGCAUUGGAAAGGAAAACAUGUCAGGGAAAAAAAGUUUGACAAUUAAGUGUGAGUCUUUGAGAGAAAUAAGUCGUCUUUUCCCACUAGUAACACUGGCAGUCUUGUUAACAGCUGUUUGGGGGAUGGUGCCCAAAACAGACUGUCCUCUUGAGAUACUAUUUUAAAGUGUAAUUCCGUAAUGACCAAGAGGGUGUGUGAAACUGUGCUGUCAACUAAACCCCUUCAGCUACAGAAUGAUAGGCCUUGGUUUAAAAUAUUCUUUGGUAAGUCAUUCCAUUUGAAACUUUUUAAUGAACCUGACUAUCCUAAAAUCUGUUGUUUUGUUUUAGGACGCUCUAAAAUGAGCAGAAGUAGACUUUUUAGAGUAGAAUAUAAAAACGUUUAUAACUUUACAGAAGCUCUAAAUCAAAGUUUUAAAAAGAUGUUUGGAUAUAUUUGAGGACUCAGAUCAUGAAAAUGGAAAUUGCUAUGCCAAUUAAAAGGACAGAUUGAUGGGAAAUGAGACACCUGGUUGACUUAACCCUUAAGCAGACAAUGCUGUUAAUAACUAAUGGCUUCUCUGAUAUUUAUUAUAAGUUUUAGUACUGAUCUUUUCCCAAUGCUGCACACUCCUGUGUUUGAAACUAUUUUAAU